AUGGCGCCGUGGAUUGCACUCGCGCUCGUGGGGCUCCUGCUGGGAGCCACUAAUAUCCGCGCGGUCGGGGGAGAGUCGUUUAACUACGACCUCUCGGGCACGGACUGGCCGGGUCUGUGCCAGACGGGCAAGAAGCAGAGCCCCAUCAAUAUAGUCACAUCCGCAGUGAAGCACGCCGAUGGGCCCUCGCUGCUGAAAGUGAAGCACCCUUUGAGCCGCGAGAUCACCGUCACCAACGAGGAGCACGCUGCCGCUGUGUCACCACAAGCAGGCAAGCGCUACUACCUCACUCUCCCCUCGGGGCUGCACAAGCUCGACCACUCCGACCUGCAGGUGAGGCAAGCGCUACUACCUCACUCUCCCCUCGGGGCUGCACAAGCUCGACCACUCCGACCUGCAGGCAAGCGCUACUACCUCACUCUCCCCUCGGGGCUGCACAAGCUCGACCACUCCGACCUGCAGGUGCCCAGCAUCCAUCUGGUGGACGGAGUGCAGGCGCCCAUGGAAGCCAAGUGGGCGCACGGCAUCCACCUGGUGGACGGAGUGCAGGCGCCCAUGGAGGCAAAGUGGGCUCACGGGGUGCCCAGCAUCCACCUGGUGGACGGGGUGCAGGCGCCCAUGGAGGCCAGGGGGGCGCACAGGGAGGGACUCCUGCGCUGUACCCACAUUCACCUGGUGGACGGAGUGCAGGCGCCCAUGGAGGCCAAGUUCGCGUAUGUGAAUGUGGCGAACUCCACUCGCAAGUCCGUCUUCUCUGUCUUCCUCAAGCUGCACCCCAGAGACAAGGACAACUGCCCAACGCAUCACUUUGAUUGCUGGCUGAAUGACAUUCCAGCAGCAGUGAAUGGCACGGCCAAGAUAGCGGCAAAGACCAACUUCCUGGAGCUGCUGUCGUUUGAGGCGCCCUUCUGGCUGAAUGACAUUCCAUCAGCGGUGAACGGCACGGCCAAGGUGGCAGCACAGACCAACUUCAUGGAGCUGCUGGCGUUUGAUCUUUACUCCCUUCCUCCUCCUUUUUCCCCACUGGCGACCUACAUGAACUUCCUAUCGCGCACCAACAGCGGCGAUCGCACCAACAACCGGCUGCCGCAGCCCCUCAACGCCCGCACCGUCUCUGUGUUUCGCGCCAAUUAG